GGGAGGCGGGGCUUGCACACGCUGGUCACGUGGUCAGCUAUUGACACUUCCUGGUGGAAUCCGAGUGAGGCGGCGGGGUAGGGGCUGGCGGUCAGGCGGUGACCAUGGCGUAUCAAGGCCUCACGGUGCCUCUCAUUGUGAUGAGCGUGUUCUGGGGCUUCGUCGGCUUCUUGGUGCCUUGGUUCAUCCCUAAGGGUCCUAACCGGGGAGUUAUCAUUACCAUGUUGGUGACCUGUUCAGUUUGCUGCUAUCUCUUUUGGCUGAUUGCAAUUCUGGCCCAACUCAACCCUCUCUUUGGACCACAAUUGAAAAAUGAAACCAUCUGGUAUCUGAAGUAUCAUUGGCCUUGAGGAAGAAGACAUACUCUACAGUGCUCAGUCUUUGAGGUCGCAAGAAGAGAAUGCCUUCUAGAUGCAAAAUCACCUCCAAACCUGCUACCUUUCAUGACUUGCCUGUUUUGGCCAUCAGCUGCCUUAAACGUUAACAGCACAUUUGAAUGCCUUAUUCUACAAUGCAGCGUGUUUUCCUUCGCCUUUUUUACAGUUUGAUGAAUUACGUGCCUAUGUAACCUGAACUGUGCCGACUCCACAAGACGAUUAUGUACUCUUCUAAGAAGAUGCUGUUCUUCUGAGAGAUACAUUACUCUCUCCUUGGAAUCUGUGGAUUUGAAGAUGGCUCCUGCCUUCUCACCUGGGAAUCGGUGAAGUGUUGAGAAACUGCUGCAAGACAAACAAGACUCCAGUGGGGUGGUCAGUAGGAGAGCACGUUCAGAGGGAAGAGCCAUCUCAACAGAAUCACACCAAACAUACUUUCAGGAUGAAUUUCUUAUUUCUGCCAUCUUUUGGAAUAAAUAUUUUUCUCCUUUCUAUGGAAA